AUGAAGUUUCAGAAAGCAAGGCCAUUCAUAGCCAUUGUUUUCAUUCAGUUUUUGUAUGCACUGAUGUCUAUAGUAGCGAAACUAGCUUUGAACCAAGGUAUGAGCCCUCACGUCUUGGUUGCUUACCGAAUGGCAGUUGCUUCUGCUCUCAUUACUCCUUUCGCCCUUGUCCUUGAAAGGAACUCAAGACCAAGGCUAACUUUCAAAAUCUUAUUUCAAAUAUCCAUCCUGAGUUUAUUUGAGCCUGUGGUGGAGCAAAACCUGUACUACUCAGGGAUGAAACUUACUACUGCAACAUUCACAUCAGCUUUGUGCAAUGCACUUCCUGCAAUAACAUUUAUAAUGGCCUGCAUUUUCAAGCUGGAGAAAGUGAAUAUCAAAAGGCGUCACAGCCAGGCAAAGCUGGCGGGAACCAUGGUGGCUAUUGGAGGAGCAAUGCUCAUGACGUUCGUGAAAGGGAAUGUCAUUGAGUUGCCUUGGACAAGCAAGUCAAGGAGCUAUAAUGGGCAGUCACAUGUUAUGAAUACUCCAAAGCAGGAAGAUACAGGAAAAGGAUCAAUCAUGCUUGUAGCAAGCUGCUUCACCUGGUCAUGUUACAUCAUUUUACAGGCAAACAUUCUGAAUUCAUAUCAAGCCGAACUCUCGCUAACAGCACUAAUGUGCUGUAUGGGGAUGCUGGAGGCUACUGUUAUGGCAUUGAUAUUGGAAAGGAACAACAUGUCUGCCUGGAAAAUCCACCCGGACAUGAGGCUAUUAGCUUCUAUAUACGGGGGACUUGUCUCAGGGUUAUCAUACUAUAUCACCGGAUGGGCAUCAAAAGAGAGAGGACCUGUGUUUGUUAGCGCAUUUAACCCGCUAAGUAUGGUUAUUGUUGCUAUUCUCAGCUCCUUCAUUUUCUUGGAAAAGAUGUACAUAGGAAGGGUUGUUGGAUCAGUUGUUAUUGUCAUUGGAAUAUAUUUGGUACUAUGGGGUAAAAGCAAGGAGAAGGUAGGGAAUCUUCUACCAAAAGCUGGAUGUGCAGGGACUGUGCUAAAAGUUGACGAACAGAAGUUCCCACCGCCUGAUAAUAACCAAGUAGUACACAAAAGCGACAAGAUAAUGAUCCCAAAGGCACCAACUAAGUCUCAAGAAUCGGUCUGA